GCGGCCCCUCUCACCGCCCCGCGCGCCCCCCACCGCCUCCCCGCCCCGCACCCCGGAGCGCACUGCUCACCGCGCCCCCUCCCACAUCCCCUCCGGGGCCAGGCGCCGCGCUCGCCCUCCGCGUCCCCUUCCCUUCGCCACCCCCGCCCCACCCCCCGCACCAUGAGCAGCCUGAAGCCGGACGGCGAGCACAGCACCAGCACGGGCACCGGCGCGGGCUCAGGCUCCGGAGGCACCCUGGAGGAGGAGGUCCGGACACUGUUCGUCAGCGGCCUCCCUGUGGACAUUAAACCCAGAGAACUCUACCUUCUCUUCAGGCCAUUCAAGGGCUAUGAAGGGUCCUUGAUCAAGCUCACGUCCAGACAGCCUGUUGGUUUUGUGAUCUUUGACAGCCGAGCAGGAGCAGAAGCAGCCAAGAACGCAUUGAACGGUAUUCGCUUUGAUCCCGAGAACCCACAGACCCUGAGGCUAGAGUUUGCCAAAGCCAACACCAAGAUGGCCAAGAACAAGCUAAUGGCUACACCAAAUCCCACCAGUGCUCACCCUGCCCUGGGAGCUCACUUCAUCGCACGGGACCCCUAUGACCUGAUGGGGGCUGCUCUGAUCCCUGCGUCCCCAGAGGCCUGGGCCCCCUACCCUCUGUACACCACAGAGCUGACCCCCGCCAUCUCCCAUGCUGCAUUCACCUACCCAGCUGCUGCCGCCGCUGCCCUACAUGCCCAGGUGCGCUGGUACCCUUCCUCUGAUGCUGCCCAGCAAGGAUGGAAGUACCGGCAGUUCUGUUAGUUCUUCAGUCCUGAAAGCGCAGCCUGAGGCCCCUGCCCCCCUGGGGAGGAAGCUGCCCCCGGCGGCCUGUGGAGGCCUGUGGAGGCCUGUGGAGGGCUGCCGCUUUUCUCCAAAGACUGUGAAUUCUAAGCCCGACCCAGCGGACUGCUUCCUGUCUCCCUGCUCUCCUGGUCCUGGGCCCCGUCCUUCCCCGGGGCCCUUUCCAAGGCCUCACAGGGCCGUCCUCGCUCGGACGCUCAGGCCCACCUCGGAGGCCUUCCUGGACUGCGCAAGGCCCCACCUCCGGUCCAGACUUGUUUCUGUAGCUCCACCCCAAAGAUGAGGCAUUUCAUUUUGCAUGUUUUCUGGCAUGAAUUAAGACACUUAAACUUGUGUAUAUGUGAGUGUACAGUUUGUUCUCACAUUGUGUCACCAUAGCAACAGGUCCCGGCCACCAAUGGCUCAUCAUUCUGGUCCCUCUCUCCACACCCCUUCCCUGCACCUACCCUGCCUCACUGAGGCCGGGGCCCCGCCGCCAGUCCCUCCCGCGCCCCCCGCCAGCCCCCCACAACCAGGCUGAGGAGCAGCAACCACCCAGCAGAGAUAGUGUUUUCCAUUUCAACCAGGGUCCUCUGCUUCCUCCUCCUCAGAUGGGCCAAACUGUUAAGAAAAUCCUUUGCCCAUUUCGCUUACCUCUCCGCAGCGCACCCACCCCUGCCGUUGCUCCUUAUUCUUUCCAAACUUCGAAAACCAACCAAAAAGUAAAAGUAUUUUUGUACCCUAUGUAACAAAAUAUUUAAGCAUCAUAGAGGAUUUUUCGUGUGUGUGUGCAAUUAAUUAUUGAAGAGACCUUGUUCGCCCUGUCAGAUAAGUUUAAUGUUUAGUUUGAGGCAUGAAGAAGAAAGGGUUUCCAUUCUCUAGCAAUGAGCCUUUGUGUCAGGCAUUAGUUUAAGAAAAGUGAAGGAGAAAUUGUGCAAUUUUUUGUUUUGUGAGCACAGCAGCUGUGGCUGGCUUGCCGUUUUCAGACUUGGGCUGUUGUAAUUGCUGAUCCUGUGAGAAUGUGAAGCUGGAUAAUAUAUGAAAUGCAAAAUAAAAAAUCAGCCAACGUAA